AUGGGUAGAAGAAAGAUCGAGAUUGAACCCUUAUCAGACGACCGAAAUCGAACAGUGACAUUCGUCAAGCGUAAGGCUGGGCUUUUCAAGAAGGCUCAUGAAUUGGCAGUUUUAUGUCAGGUGGAUCUAUCAGUCAUUAUUGUUGGUAGUAACAACAGAAUAUAUGAAUAUUCUACUGUGGAUACUAAAGAAGUGUUCAAUUGCUAUGAAAAGACAAUAAAUACUAGGAAACAUGUACAUGAGGCGAAAUCCCCAGAAAACUACCUGAUUUAUCGCAAAAAACGCCAUUUGCAUGAGCCACUAACCGAUAAGAAGGGACGUGUUGUAGGAACGACUGCACAUUUGAAUGAUGACGAUGUUGACAAUGAAAUGUUAGGUGAAGAUGAGUACGAAGAGGAUGAUGAUGAAAGGGAUGACACUUCUGAAGGAGAAAUACUGGCACACACGAGAAAGAGACCACGCAAGCGUCAAAGGGCAACUUCAUUCAAUAAAAGUCGUAAUCCUAAAGUGUUCAACAGUAAGAGCUCACCACCUCCACCACCCCCCACGCAGAUAUCUCUCAACAAUGUACCCCCAUUUAACAAAUACAAGAAACCAAGCAUCACAAUCUCCAGUCACCUGCAAAGUCUGCCCCCACUGGUACUGCAACAGAAUACUUCAUCCCCAAAUAUGGGUCGAAAGGAGAGCUCGUCCCGACCUGUCUUGCGAGUACAGAUUCCAACUGAUGCAAAGGGUAACCAAACUAAAUCGGGAACAUUCAAUUUUGAUAUAAAGGAAACAGGAAGCACCGAUACGGCCCGAACAAUUACUGCGGUUGAUAACACCAGCUCAUCAAUUAACCAAUCAUCAACCAACCAUACCGGGGUUAGUGGCAGUACUAGCGGAUCUCAUCAAGGAAUUGGGCACAAUCAGCAUUCGAUACAUCUAGGUGAUGGGGAUAUUCUUCAUAAUAAAUCUACCAACAAGUAUGGAUCUACAAAUCAUCUAAUGCGUACGCAAACUCCUUCGGCUAAGUUUAGUGGUUACUCAUCAUUUCGAUCUCCUGACUCGAGAAAACCAACUUUGCCACUACCCAUCAAUUCCAAAUCUCAAACCUCAUCACCAGCAAGUGCUACUUACCCAGGACUUCCCAACCCUUUGAGUCAAUCAGGAGGAGGUGGCGGCAACAGUCGAAGUAGUAGUGGUGGAAGCAACAUGAAUCCCUCUCAAAUCGGAGACAAUGCUUCAAUGGGAGAGCGGCAGAAUAACAACCCAGCCGCUAAUAAUAACGGUAAUAAUACCGGUGUUAUAAAUACUGAUAGCAAUAACAUGUUCUCGCCUUCGGUUAUGAAUCUUAACUCAGGAACGUUUUAUUCGAUGAACCAAGGGUCAGUCAACAACUCGUAUAUGAAUUAUUCAACUCAUGGAUUUAACCAACAAUACCAGCAAUAUAAUCAAAGUCAACAAAAUCAACAACUGCCGCAACCGCAACCAUAUCUGCAAAAUCUGCAGCCACAACUGCAACUGCUGGCAAUACCCCAAAGUUCCGUGAUCACUAAUGAGUUGCUGGGACAACUUCCAUCAGCACAACCGCAAGAGUCUGCGAUGAAAUUUCGUCCACAUAUUCCAUUCUUCUCACAACACAAUCAACUGAAUCAACUGAAUCAACAACAACAACAGCAGCAGCAGCAGCAGCAACAACAACACAAUCUUGGCAAUAAUAACGGAAGCAAUUUCAAUGGAGAGCAAACCCCAAUUUCAGCUUUGCCAUCACGAUAUGUAAAUGAUAUAUUCCCUUUCCCAUCGCCAUCUAACUUCUUAGCUCCCCAAGAUUGGUCAACGGGUAUGACACCCACGACAUCUCAAGCUCCGCAGUUCUUUAUGAAUAUGAUGCCAUUGAAUAGUGGUGGUGGAUUCAAUUCACAAUUUCAACAUCAACAACAGCAACAGCAUCAAAACAACAGAGCUUCAUACGGUGAGGACAAAGGCAGAACCAAUACAGGUGGUAGUACCGAAUUAGCACAACCAUUAACGACUACCACCGGUGUUGCUUCAUCAAGAGAAGCGACAUUUGGAGCAAUUGCGGAAGAAGAUGAAAAUGCUAGUGCCAGUGUAAGUGGCAGUGGGAAUCCAAGCAGUAGUGCGCCUACAAACGUUGAUGACGGUAGUAAAACUGCAAGCCACGCCACUACUGAGGCGACAUCUACAGGGGUUUCAACGGAUGUCUAG